CACACACACACACACACACACACAAACACAUAUAUAUAUAUCUCUCUUGCUCCACCCAGGCCCUAGAAUAAAAAUCCGCCGGUGACGUGCGCGCAGGGAAGCACCCAGCAGUAUGUGCGCGCCCACGGGAGGGGCCGACAGAAAAUGGCGAGUCUGUGCAAGAGGCAGCAAUGCACGGUAGAGAGGCGCGGCUUUCGGCAGGAACUUGACUCUUGGAGGCACAAACUCAUUCACUGUGUAGGCUUUGAAAGCAUCUUGGAAGGCUUGUUCGGGCCGGGACUAGUCAACGACAUCACCCUUUUCCAAGACUGCGAGCCGGAGGAAGUGGCCGACUGGUCCUUCGAUGACAACUGUCUCUUCUGCUGCUUAAGACGUGAGAAAGUCAAGGACCACAGCGGAGAGAACGGUGGAGGCAGCCAGGUGCUGUCCGUGUGUGAAGACUUCAAGCGCGAGCAGUCUCGGAUCAGCCGGCUGGAGAGACAGGCCCAAGACUUCCUCAAUGCUGUGUUCCACAGAAAAGACCUCCCAAGUUUCUCAGACCCUCACAUUCCUCUAGUGGCUCGUGAGAUCAUGCAGCGAAUGAUCCGUCAGUUCGCUGCCGAAUAUACCUCAAAAACUACUCAGGACGACCUGCCCCUGCCCAACGGCACCAUGAAGGACCAAAGCCUGCCGAUAGCGGCGUCUCUGGCCUCGGCCCCCUGCUCCCCGCCCGGGGCCCUUCUCGCACCGAGCUCCCCUCCAUCGUCUGCCUCCUCCUCCCCAUCUCCAACCCCGGGGCCGGGCCUCAGCCCCGCCUCCGCUGACGCCGCCGCCGCCGCCUCGGCACCCGCCUGCACCCUGAGCAGCAACGGCACGGGAGCCAGUAACGGUGGAGGCGGAGGAGGAGGCACCGCUGCUGCCUCUGCACAGAAUCCCGUCCUCAGCAAGCUACUCAUGGCCGACCAAGACGGCCCGCUGGACCUCACCCUGAAAAGGAACCAGGUGGACGCCGAGCCCAGCCAGCAGGAUGGCGUCCUGGACCUCUCCACCAAGAAGAACCACAGCGCAGACGGCCACAAAACCUUCGCCGGCUUCCCCCCUGCAUCGGGGGUCAAAGGACGUUCCGUCAAAGUGGAACAUACUGUGCCAGAGGUGGAUGAGGAGGAUGGCCUUCUGCAGAAAAGCUUGCAGGACGGACUGAGGGAGAACUACGUCAGCUCCAACUCCUUUAAGCCCCCACUGGCCCGGUCACUGCGUAUCAAGGAAGAGCUUCUCAGCCAGAAGCACCUACUGCUGAGCCAGCCUGCUGCUCUUUCAUUGGCUAAUCUAGAGUCAGCCGGCUUGCUCAAUCAUGGGCAGGCUCACUCCCUGCUUGGCCAGAAGGGCUCUUCCUCUUUCUGGGGAAGCAAGGCCCACCUCGAAAGCCUGAUGAAGCUAAAACAGGCCAGUGGAGCUCUGAGCGGGGCCCUCAGCGACCUCAAAGACCUGCCUACAUUCCUGGAGAAUCACCACCUCAACCACCACGGAGCCUUUUCCAUCAAGAGUUCCCUCCACCACCACCACCACAAUCAGGUCUCCAAGGCCCAACACCACCACCAAAUUGAUGGCAAGAGAGACCAGGGCCAUUCACCUCCUGUUGACCUAAAGAUCCCCCAGGUUCGGGGCAUGGAUCUCUCCUGGGACUCCCAUGCCUCUGAACUGUAUGGCUAUGGCGCCAUGGGGGUUGGAGGUGGUGUGGAGAACAACCUGAGCCGGAAGCUGAGAGCCAUCCUGCCCAAGCAAAAUCGCCGAGGAUCAAGCCUUGGGAGCCUGCUGGACGGGGCCGCCGACUACUGGAGCUCUGACUUGGAGCACUCCAUUUCCGGGCCAGCGUACUCCACCUCCGAUGUGGAAGGGGACCCAAGCUCCAAGCAGCCAAGAAAGAAGAGGGGCCGCUAUCGCCAGUACAACAGCGAGAUCCUGGAGGAGGCCAUAGCCGUAGUGAUGAACGGGAAGAUGAGCGUGUCCAAGGCUCAGAACAUGUAUGGCAUACCGCACAGCACCCUAGAGUACAAGGUGAAGGAGCGCAUGGGAACCCUGAAGAACCCCCCAAAGAAGAAGCUCAAGCUCAUGAUGAAGAUGGAAGCCGGAGGCCAGGAUUUUCCCACCGAGCCGGAGAACACGCCCACCUCAACCCCACAAGACGACGGCCCGCCACUGGCCGCCGCGGAGCUCAAGGACAAUGUAAAAGAAGAGAUUGAUGACAAUUUCAAACCAAUCGACUAAACAACUUACACAUGUAAACCUCAGUCUAAUGACUUUAAGUAAUUUGAAAACGGAUGGGGCUUUAUUUGUGCCAAUUUCCUUUGCAGUAUCUGGGUGAGCACAAACGCAGGGAUAAUAUGAGGAGGAUUCUUAAAACAAGCUGGAGAGAAACAACUAAUCGGAUGGUAUUUGACCGGCGUCCCCUUACGCGACGCCGUACAAGUAUUUGUUUGGCUUCCACAUCCAGGGGCUGAACAAAUGCCGCUAAAGACAUGAGUUAAAUGACAAUUGAUGAAAUUUCCUUAAGCAUGCUGAUAAUCCCUAGCCCAAAAACCCAAUCGCCCCUAUUUCUGAACUUGAAACACUGAACCAUUGCUGCUUGUAAAUGCAGUCUGGGCUUUGUGGACUAUUCCAAUUUGGGGAGCAAAUGAGGGGAAGGUUGAAAAUUGACUCCUUUAAAAAAACAAAACUCACAAAUUUGUCCCUUUACCACUCCCCCUCUCUCAUGGAUUACUGACCAUUUUGGUAAGUGAACUGUCUAUUCUACUAUUCGCAGCCAACUGUAAAGUUUUAAUCAUCACCACUGAUAUUCCUCACCAGGGUUCUGAAUCAAAAACCCGUUCUCCUAUUGCCAGGUAGCCAUGACGCUUUAACUGCAAAGCUUUUCUUUUCCUCCUUUUAAGACAUUCUGCUUAUAUCUGUGCGAAUGAAAGCAACAUUGACCCGUCCUUUCUUUUGAAAGAGAAAAAGACACACAAAAGUCAUUCAGGGAUGCAUGUUUGUGAGUAUAGUGGACGACUACUGACUUCUACAACUGACUUCUUUUCCUCUUACCUUUUUUUCGUUUUUGAUUUGUUUUGCUUUCUUUUGCACUACACUCUUGGGUCUGGCGCUUUACAGACCAGGUUACCUCGGCAUUGUUGCCCUUCGCAUCAUGCACUUAUUAUGGUCUGUCUCCGAAGCCCAGUCGCAAACCUCGCAAUGGGUUCAGGGGUGCACGCCGCCUGUGUAACGCUGAUCCACGAUCAGAUCCGGGAGGCUCUUUUAGAAAACCCUCUGUUUUGCCAAUGGACAAGUUGAGGGGGUGAUCUGGUCGUGGAUCAGCUGUUUUUUCUCAAGGCGGAAUGCUACCUCGUGGACCUCCCAUCAGUGUCUCACUGCUGAUCCUGGAAUGCCGGCGAUGCCUUCAGGUUGCCCCCCCGAACGGUGACUGGAGUGAGCUCAUCCCCUCAUGGUGAUCUCUACCUGUUGAAGGCCUUUUAGGAUCAGAAUGUGAAACUCUGCUGCUAUACAGUUAUUUAUCUAUCCUACACAAGGUUUUAGCUAAAGCCUAUGCUAAUGAGUUUUAGCUAGUCUUCGCUAUCAACAAUACAUUUCUGAUGUUUUGGGUUUAUUUUCCUUUUCUAAUCAAACUAAGCAGAAGCAGCUUAGCUGAUGAGUUUUUAUCCCUCAAACGUCAAAGACAGUUUUAGAGGCAGUUUACUACAACAAUGUGCAUUUAUAGGGGGGGAGGGGCGAUAUGCAGUGGGGGAGGUGUUAGAUGAUAGGGGUGGGGGAAAAUGCAGAUUUUAAUAUAUUAUAAGUUAUUAUGACUGAUUAUGUAAAAGCCAAUCCGUGAUUCUGGGUGAUUUCUUUCCUCCUCAUUUUUAACUCAGGGUAACUGAGACAGACGAUGUUGGUUUUCAUAUACGGUAAUUUCCUCUUGGACCUAAUAGUUGACAGACAGGAGGAGGACGACACGCCCUCUCACCAAUGAUGAAUGCUCUUGUGUGCGGCGUGAGUCUACGUGGCAGACGGACCUGCUGACGAAUCACGAAACAGAACGGGGACAGAGCGCGCCGACGACGGGUUUUGGGAAUCGAACUUCUAAAAUGGCACUUUUCCGAGAGGAAAAAAAUUACGAAGACACGAGCGAGAAACAUCUGUCGGAGGUUAUGCAUGUCGUGUAGCUCUUCUCUGAGGGAUGGAGUCGGAGGGCAGAGAGAUGGAAGAGGAAAAAAAAAAAAAGCUUUAGUGUGUGAAGACUUUCAGAAAAGCUGCAGCUUGGACCCAAACUUCUUCGCCCUCUUGUUUACCUCCGCAGAUUAAAACAAAAAGAGGAAGGAGAAGAAAAAAAACAGCUUGAACAUGUUGAGUUUUGUGUCGUGUCGUCUUUGUCGCUUUCCCCCUCCGCUCACCGCUGAAGCACCGGGGACAGAAAGACUAUCUCAUCACGUUUUAAGCAGGCGGGGAGAGAAAACCCCUCAGAGGACACGGGUGGAAUGAAAAAGAAGAAAAAGGAAAAAUCUCUAUCUGUGUUUUCCCAUCAGGGAAUCAUUGAAGGAGAUGAAACGAGCCGUUGGGUUGUUGUUGGUUUUUUGGGGGUUUUUGCUCUGUGGUAAAUGUUGCUCUUCGCUCCUGACGCUGCCUGGUGCUCGUGUGGCGUCUUUAUAAUCUGUGUUCCGAUGAAAUGACGACGACGAUUCGCUCCGUUAGAAAUGUAUCGUGUGUUUUAAUUUAUUUGAUCUGUUGGGUUUUUUCCUUUUGGUUUUUUUCUUUUGAUUAUUCUCUUGAAGAAAUGGCAUGCACCACUUCCUACUGGCUGAUUUUGGGCGUCAGGCUAAAAAACGGAUUAUUUAUGCUGAAAAGGAUUUGAAGUCAAUUAAUCUCGAGAAUUAGACUCUUUUACUACCUGUUGCACACAAUCUCUUCAUCGCCCCCGCUGGAGUCUGUCAGCUUCCUCGGCUUGAUUGGCAUCGUACAGUAAUUGGCGCACUCAACGGAAAGACCCCCCGCACCCCCUCCGGACCGACAGAAUAACCGGCAGGACAUCAUGCAUGAAAUGCGUCCCAACACUUGACAAUGCCGAGCAUUUGGAAGUGUCUAAAAGGUUCUUGUGCGCGUCGAGUCGGACCCAGCGAAGGACAACGCACUGAUCCGAUAUUGAAAACAGAUGCACUUGUCGUGAACACGCCUCUUGUGAAAAGGCACGAAGGCCCCCCCCCCCCCCGCCCGCUACUCGAACAGAACAAACAAAUCAUGUAAAGCAUGUAAAAGCAUGGAUUUGUGCUAGUAAAUGUAAAAAAUAUAUACGUGUGUGUGUGUAGACGUAGUGUAAUUGGCACUUAAAGCACAGGUUUGCAUGGAUGAACUCCAACAGCACUUACACCGAAUUCCCCCUGAGAGGGGCGAUUCCUCCAGGGGCCAAACGAUCUCUGUGUAUAAUUUACACAAAUCUUCUAAAUCAUUUACAAAAAAAAAAAAAAAAAAUCCCCCUACCCUCACUGUGCAAUUGGCGAAAGAAAAAAAAUUGUCACUGCUUUCUAAGAAA